GAUUUAAACCCGCUCAAAACCUUAGCAACGGCCRUUAGCCAUGGCGGUUUCUUCCUUUCUAUCACCAUCUCCUUCGCUUCCCUUUCCUCUUCCCCUCCUUGCUUUCUCCCCGAAGCGGCACUCAGUUGCACCGAUUAAUGGUAUGGUUCAGGGCUGUUCUAUUGUGAGACGGAGACCACUGCUCGCGAAAGCGAGCUCAGCCUACGCGACAUGGGAAGACCUCGAUUCCGUCAACAUUGCCGAGAACGUAACCCAGUUGAUUGGAAGAACGCCUAUGAUAUAUCUCAACAAAGUAACAGAAGGCUGCGUGGCAAAUGUUGCUGCAAAACUUGAAUCAAUGGAACCAUGUCGAAGUGUAAAAGACAGGAUUGGUUACAGUAUGAUAUCCAGUGCCGAAGAGAGUGGUGCAAUAUCUCCAGCUAAGACCAUAUUAGUUGAACCAACAACUGGGAAUACGGGACUUGGCAUAGCUUUCGUUGCUGCAACAAAAGGGUACAAACUUGUAGUCACCAUGCCUGCAUCCAUAAAUGUUGAAAGGAGGAUCCUAUUACGUGCUUUUGGUGCAGAGGUUGUUUUGACGGACUCAGAGAAAGGUCUCCAAGGGGCUAUUGCCAAAGCAGAAGAAAUUCUAAUCAGUACUCCCAAUGCCUACAUGCUUCAACAGUUUGAUAACAUUGCUAAUACGAAGGUCCACUUUGAAACCACAGGACCUGAGAUAUGGGAGGAUACCAUGGGUAGCGUUGACAUUUUUGUUGCUGGAAUUGGAACUGGUGGUACCAUUACAGGAACUGGACGUUACCUAAAUAUGAUGAAAGAAACGAUUAAGAUAGUUGGCGUGGAACCUGCAGAAAGAAGCAUAAUCUCGGGAGAGAAUGCUGGUUAUGUGCCCCCAAUUCUGGAUGUUAAGUUGCUUGAUGAGGUGAUCAAGGUAACCAAUGAUGAAGCUAUUGAAAUGGCCAGGAGAUUAGCAUUGGAGGAAGGCCUGCUGGUUGGCAUUUCAUCAGGAGCUGCUGCAGUAGCAGCGAUAAGCUUGGCAAGGAGGCCUGAGAAUGCUGGUAAACUUAUUGUGGUUAUAUUUCCAAGCUAUGGUGAGAGAUACAUACCGUCAGUGCUUUUUCAUUCUAUUUACGAAGAAGUUCAAAGAAUGCCGUCGAGGUAGAAGGAAUUGCCCAAGUUUGAGAUACUUCGAAGACGGUUCAUUCAUACACCAUAAAAGAUAACGUGCAAGUUUUCAAUUUGAGGCACAAGAAUCAAUAGGUAGAUUUAUAUAUCAAGCAUAAUUGCUUCUAUAUUAGGUAAACAACCGUUAUCCAAAACGAUYGAGAAGUUAAAAAAGGGCGGAAUUAGGGGGUGAAAUGCAAAGAAAAAUGGUGUAAUAUGAAAAACAAACGUUACCGACUAUUAGUAGGAUACACAUUUUUAGAUAUUGAACUACUUGCCAGGUUCUCUCAGCCAACAUCACUAACUAUUUUUAUAUGUUGCUGGGAAAUAUUAGUUCUCUGCAAACUAUGUUAGGAAUAUUUCUGAUUGGUAAGGUAUCGUUCCAAUUUGUUUCA